AUGCAACUCGUCGCCUCACUUCUAUCAUAGCGGCGGAGUUCCCAGUGAGUCUUGGCCAUCGCGUCGAAGUUGGUGUUGCAAUUUGCAAACGUUAACUAGCGUUUUGCAGAGGGAGUCAGCUUCGAUCGGGCUCUUCAUAUCCGCGUCGAUCGGCCAAGGCCUUAUCUAUCGGCAUGGCGUCGACAGCUUUGUCAACAGGAUGGUUGAGAGGGAAAGUCAAGGCUGUUCCCUCUGGGGACUGUCUGGUUAUAAUGGGAAGCGCAAAAGCAGACAUCCCUCCUGAAAAGACCAUCACCUUGUCUUCUCUGAUUGCCCCUAGACUGGCACGCCGAGGAGGUGUUGAUGAACCAUUCGCAUGGGAGAGCAGGGAAUUUUUGAGAAAAUAUUGCAUUGGGAAGGAUGUGAUGUUCAGAGUGGAUUACACUGUUCCUUCAAUUGGAAGAGAAUUUGGUACUGUUUUCAUGGGAGAUAAGAAUGUAGCAUUUGCAGUUGUUUCUGAAGGAUGGGCCAAAGUAAGGGAGCAGGGCCAACAAAAAGGGGAAGUAAGUCCAUACCUGGCAGAUCUACAAAGUUUAGAAGAGCAAGCCAAACAACAAGGUGUAGGACGUUGGACAAAGGAACCUGGUGCUUCAGAGUUAGCUGUAAGAAAUCUACCACCUUCAGCCAUUGGUGAUCCUAGUAAUUUGGAUGCAAUGGGAUUGCUUGCGGCAAACAAGGGCAAACCUAUGCAUGGAAUUGUUGAGCAGGUUCGUGAUGGAAGCACUAUCCGUGUGUACCUCCUUCCUGAAUUCCAGUUUGUGCAAGUUUUUGUUGCAGGAAUCCAGGCUCCUUCAAUGGGAAGAAGGCCUGCUGUUAAUGAUGCAAUUCCUGAGAAUUCUGUCACAGCUAAUGAUACAAAUGAAGAAAUUUCUGGUGAAACUCAGCAGCCACUAACAUCUGCUCAGAGGCUUGCAGCUUCUUCUCCAUCACUUGCUGAAGUCGCACCAGAUCCAUUUGGGAGAGAAGCAAAGCAUUUUACUGAAACUCGUGUCUUAAACAGAGAUGUGAGAAUUGUACUUGAAGGUGUAGAUAAAUUCAGCAAUCUAAUUGGGUCAGUUUAUUAUCCAGAUGGUGAUACUGCAAGAGAUCUUGCCUUGGAGCUUGUCCAGAAUGGUUUUGCUAAGCAUGUGGAAUGGAGUGCAAACAUGAUGGAGAAUGAAGCAAAACAUAAACUAAAGGCUGCUGAGUUGCAAGCAAAGAAGGAACGGCUAAGAAUCUGGACUAACUAUGUGCCUCCGGCUUCAAAUUCAAAGGCAAUUCAUGACCAAAAUUUCACUGGAAAAGUUGUAGAGGUUGUGAGCGGCGAUUGCAUUAUUGUUGCUGAUGAUGCUAUUCCAUAUGGUAGCCCAUUAGCUGAGCGUAGAGUCAAUCUCUCAAGUAUUAGAGCACCUAAGAUGGGGAAUCCAAGAAGAGAAGAGAAACCGGCACCCUAUGCCCGUGAAGCCAAGGAAUUCUUGCGUACUCGUCUCAUUGGCAAUCAAGUAAAUGUGUCAAUGGAAUACUCUAGGAAGGUAGGUUCAGCUGAUGGAACCAAUGCAGCAAUGUCUAAUUCAGCUGAUUCUAGAGUAAUGGAUUUUGGGUCAGUCUUGCUUGUGAAGAGUGAAGCUGAUGAUACCACUUCUCCCUCAACUAAUCAAGUCGGAAUGAAUGUUGCCGAGAUGGUUGUUUCUCGUGGUUUUGCCACUGUUGUCAGACAUCGAGACUUUGAAGAAAGGUCAAAUUAUUAUGAUGCCUUGCUGGCCGCUGAAUCACGUGCAGUUAAUUCAAGGAAAGGGAUUCAUUCUUCCAAAGACUCUCCAGUGAUGCACAUAACUGAUUUGACUACAGCAUCUGCGAAAAAAACUCGAGAUUUUUUGCCUUUUCUGCAAAGGACUAAAAGGCACACUGCUGUCGUUGAGUAUGUCCUCAGUGGUCAUCGCUUUAAGUUAUUGAUUCCUAGGGAAACAUGCACUAUUGCCUUCUCAUUUUCUGGCGUUCGCUGUCCUGGUCGAGAGGAGCCUUUUUCUGAGGAUGCUAUUGCUUUAAUGAGAAGGAAAAUAUUGCAGCGUGAUGUUGAGAUUGAGGUUGAAACAGUUGAUAGGACGGGGACGUUUUUAGGCUCUCUGUGGUACUCUAGGACCAAUAUGGCUAUUACCCUUUUGGAAUCUGGUUUAGCAAGACUUCAAACUUCAUUUAGUUCAGACAAGAUACCAGAUGCUCACCUCUUGGCUCAGGCUGAGGAGUCUGCAAAGCGCCAGAAGCUGAAGAUUUGGGAGAACUAUGUUGAAGGACAAGAAGUUUUCAGUGCCCGCUCUGCUGAAGCAAAACAUAAAGAAGUGCUGAAGGUGGUAGUUACUGAAGUCCUUGGAGGUGGAAAAUUCUAUGUCCAAACAGUUGGUGAUCAGAAGGUGACUGCCAUUCAGCAGCAACUUGUUGCACUAAACAUUAAGGAAGCUCCAGUAAUUGGUUCUUUUAAUCCUGCAAAGGGUGACAUAGUCCUAGCUCAGUUCAGCAUGGAUAAUUCUUGGAACAGAGCCAUGAUUGUAAGUGGACCACGUGGAGCUGUGGAAUCACCCAAUGACAAAUUUGAAGUUUUCUAUAUUGAUUAUGGAAACCGAGAAUUUCUUCCAUACAGCCGCUUACGACCGCUUGAUCCCUCAGUAUCAGCAGCUCCUAGCUUAGCACAGCUUUGUAGUCUUGCAUACAUAAAAGUACCUAAUUUGGAAGAUGAUUUUGGUCAAGAAGCUGCAGAGUAUUUGAGUGAGUUGACUUUGAGCAAUUCAAAAGAGUUCAGUGCUAUGAUAGAAGAACAAGAUACUUCUGGAGGGAAGUCAAAAGGACCCGGAAGCGGAAUUGUCUUGAUGGUGACACUCACUGAAGGGGAACUCAGCAUAAAUGCUGCCAUGCUUCAGGAAGGGCUUGCUAAGUUAGAAAGAAAGAAGAAAUGGGACACCAGGGAACGAAAGACAACACUCGAUGCCUUGGAAGAAUUCCAAGCGAAAGCAAAAAAGGAAAGACUGAACAUUUGGCAAUAUGGUGAUGUCCAAUCUGAUGAUGAAUUAUACAAUUUCAUUCCAUCAUCUACCUCGCUUCUCUUUUCGUCAUUCUGUUUUUCUAACUUAAACUUCGAGGGAGACAUUAUUUUAAGCGACCAUCGAAUAAGGCAAUACCCAUAUCAUAACUUUUAAGUUAGAAUAUUUGUUAUUGAGACUUGCAUAUAAACUUCAAACUCAGAGCUUCUUGUCGUUAUUAACUACUGGUAUUAUCAAUUCUGUUAUGAUCAUAA